CGAUCGCGCAUAUUCCCCAGGCAACGCCAAGCCGAAUCCAUCUUAUCGACAACAUCACCCCUGACCGCUUCGACACGCGCUAUCAAUCUACCAGCCUUUGCCUUCCCGCGACGCGAUAUAUAGCACAAUUGAACAUUCGAGCGAAUGUGGAUCAUGGAUUAUAUGGAUUUUAGUUGGUGGCCGUUAUUCGGCAGGGAGGCUGAGAUCGAGCCCGAGAACCUCGUACCUUCUCAUCCGUAUUAUCCACUAGGUGUGAAUAUUACGGGAUAUGCGGCGAAUGAAGCAACGGUCCCAAUGCUUCUGGCAUCCUUAGGUGGCAUGCUAGGGUUUGCGAUUCUGGGCGCAUCUGCAUUCGCUUUGAGAUUCAAUUCGAAUUUGACAAAGUCGAAUAUUGCUCUGUUGGGUUGGUUUGUGAUGAACGGCUGCUUGCAUUGCUUCUUUGAAGGAUACUUCGUUCUGAAUCAUGCUACCGUCGCCUCGUCACAGAAUGUAUUCGCACAGCUGUGGAAAGAAUACGCACUGUCCGACUCACGAUAUCUGACUUCGGACUUCUUUAUGCUUAGCGUUGAGAGCAUCACGACAUUUAUCUGGGGACCUCUCUGCUUCGCCAAUGCUAUAGCAAUCGCUCGAGGUAGUCCUUCUAGGCACGUACUGCGUAUCAUUGUUUGCAUGGCCCACUUGUACGGUGUUGCGCUAUACUAUUCUACAAGUCUAUGCGAAACCUAUUUCACUGGCCGCUCUCAUAGCCGGCCCGAGUUCCUCUACUUCUGGGUCUACUAUGUUGGUUUUAACCUACCAUGGGCUAUCGUCCCAGCAGUUCUCCUAUUUGAUAGCGCAAGAACUCUUACGAAGGCAGUAAGAGCCUUAGACAAGAUUGAUAUCACGCUAGCGGCUCAUCGCAGGACUCAGGAUGCGUCAAAUGGGACCAUUGAGCCUAAAAAGACGAAGUAGGGAUAUAAUUAUGGGCGUAUAAGCCGUAGAAUGCGGCGAUAUUUCGUGCCACUAUAUACACCUCAAUAUAACCAUUCCCAUACCCAGUACUGUUGGUUAGAUA